UUCUACGAAGCUAACCUAAAAGUUUGACAGUUGUUUGGUAACUGCACUUCCAUGUGCUUUCGAAUAAAUUUAAGGAAUUUUUAAGAAGAAAUACUGUAACAAAUGACCGAAAACAAAGCACAUUCCAAUAAAAAAAAAAAAAAUAAAGUAAAAGUUUAUUCUUCAAAUCAGAAAAAAGCUGUUCCUGCAACAAUUGUAAUCGAGAGAUUAAAGACACGAUAUAAUGAGAUCUGUGGCAGCAAAAUAGAAAAAUUUAGUGAUCUUCCUUUAUCCAAGAACACACUAAAAGGUCUAAAUGAGAGCAAUUAUAGAAUUCCAAGUGAUAUACAACGGGAAACUAUUGGUUUAGCCCUUCAAGGAAAGGAUAUCUUAGGAGCCGCUCAAACCGGUUCUGGAAAGACUCUUGCAUUCCUUUUACCUGUCUUAGAGACCUUGUUUUGUUUACAGUGGACCAGAUUAGAUGGUUUAGGAGCUUUAAUAAUAACACCAACAAGAGAACUUGCUUAUCAGAUUUUUGAGACAAUUCGUAAAGUGGGAAGGUAUCACGAUUUUUCUGUAGGUUUAAUCAUAGGUGGAAAAGACCUAAAAUUUGAAAGGAAAAGAAUGGACCAAUGUAACAUCAUAAUUUGUACCCCAGGAAGGUUACUUCAACACAUGGAUGAAAAUCCUCUUUUUGACUGUUGCAAUAUGAAGGUACUAGUUUUGGAUGAGGCUGAUCGAUGUCUUGAUAUGGGUUUUGAGGAAACUAUGAAUGCAAUUAUCGCUAAUUUACCCCUCAAAAGACAAACUUUACUGUUCUCUGCCACACAAACCAAAUCAAUCAGAGAUUUAGCAAGACUCAGUUUAAAAGAUCCUUCUUAUGUGUCUGUACAUGAAAAACACAAACACAGCACCCCUGAGGGGCUACAACAGAGCUAUGUUGUAUGUGAACUGCAUGAAAAGGUGCCUAUUGUAUGGAGCUUUAUCAGGAAUCAUCUUAAGAAGAAAUGUAUAGUGUUUUUUUCUAGUUGCAAACAAGUCAAGUACAUGUAUGAAAUAUUUUGCAAGUUAAGACCAGGUACGACUGUUCUUGCUCUUUAUGGAACUCUUCAUCAGAUGCGCAGAAUGAACAUUUACGAAACUUUUUGCCGUAAACAGUCUGCCAUUCUUUUUUCUACCGAUUUGGCGGCCCGUGGUCUGGACUUUCCUGAAGUUCACUGGGUACUGCAAGCCGAUUGUCCUGAAGACUCUGCCACAUAUGUUCACAGAGUGGGAAGAACUGCCAGAUACUUCCGAGGAGGCGAAAGUUUGCUCCUUCUUCUCCCCAGUGAAGAAGAAGGCAUGAUUGAGGCCUUGAAUCAGCGUAAAGUCCCCAUUAACAAAAUAGAAAUUAAUCCAAAUAAGUUACAAAAUCCUGUAAGAAAGAUGGAAGCAUUUUUAGCCAAAGAUCCUUCGUUAAAAGAAUCCGCUCAAAGAGCUUUCGUUUCGUACAUUAAGUACAUUUUUUUAAUGAAAAACAAAAAGGUAUUUGACGUGCAAACCUUAGAUACAGAUGCUUAUUCCAGAUCGUUGGGACUCGCUGUUGCUCCUCGAAUACGAUUUUUACAGAGACACAAUGCACGUGUUGCCGUAAAGCAAAAAGAGCCCCACAGACAGGAACAUAUUAAACAAGAGGUCGACUACGCAGAAUCUAACGAUAGAACAAUGAACAAGGCUGAUGUAGACGAUCAAAACGUUGUGUCUGAAGAUAAAGUCCCUUUUUACGUGUCCGACAACGAUGAUAGUGAUGACGAUGGAAUUUUAAGAGUGAAAAGGAUCAAUCACGAGUUGGAAAUCUCCGAGAAAAUAGAUUUUAUUCAGGACAAAUACCAGGGAGAGGACAAAAAGAAGAAAACUAGGGUGGUGACCAAAGCAGCGGCAGCUAAAAAGUUGCUUCGUAAAAAAAUUAUGCCAAAUAAAAAGAUCAUUUUUGACGACGAAGGAGAAGCUGUUGUGUCUUCGAUGAAAGAAAAGAGAUCGGAAAUAGCUCGAGAAUACGAAAACGAGGACCUGGGAGGAAUCGAUUUGGAAAAGGCAAAGUUAGUACUCAAAGAGGAGGACAAGUUCGAUAAACAACUAUUUAAGGAGAAAGUUAAAGCUAAACAUAAGGAAAAGAAGAUGAAAUUAAAGCAACAGACGCAGCAACGUCGAGAGGAAGAAGAAGAAAAGGACGGUUUCGAAACAAACUCUGAGGAAGAACAACUUGACUUGACCUGGCUUCCAGAUCCUGACAAAAUAUAUGGAAAUAAAGAAGAAGAUGGUACCAAUAAAAAAGAUAAUAAUUCAGAAUACGUGGUAGAGGCACUGAAACAGAUUGUACUACCACAAAAAGGGUGCAAAAAACGAAAAUCAAUAAAACUGAAGAAAAACAGUGAAGUGAAGUCAAAAAAAGCAAAAAUAGACUUGGAAGGAAUUAGUUCGAGCCUUUCUGUAAAUGAAGCUGAAGAGUUAGCACUUCUGCUGUUAAAUAAAAAAUAAGUACAUUAAAUCAAAUAAAAUAGCAUAAAAAUGGUUUAUAACAACUUGUUUUAAAAAUUAGAAUUCAGAAUUGUACAGCUUUUCCUAGCAGCUUCCUGUUUUUUUAAUUCAUUAAUAAAAUACUGCUUACACUGAAAA